CUGGCGUUGAGCCGAGCGGGCCGCUGGUUGGGGGGCGCGCCCGACUUGGUAAAUAUGUUUGUCCGCCGAGAUUGUAUGGUUUCAGCCGGGAAACUGAAGGAACAAUAAUGCCUCAUAUUAAAGUUAAAUCAAAAUGGAAUGGCAUAAAGGCAAAUACACAGAUGAACUGGUGUUCCUCCCCUUAUCAUGAUGGCAGAAAGAGAAUGGUGAAUGCAGAUCCAAAGCCAAGCUCAAAUUUAGAGGAAUUGUCAAUGAUUUAUGAAGAUGUUUCCAAAUUAUCUGCAACUGAUAAACCAGUUCCUGGUGGUCACAGGCAUUUAGCUCAAUUAGCAACAACACAACAAAAAGCUUUAAAUAAAAAAAGAGGAAUUAAGCCUUUUUGGAACAGAAGCCCAAGUCUUCAACAGUGGAAGAAGUUUACCCAAACUAAUUCCAAAUAUUCAACAUGUUCUGGAUCCAAUGAAACUAGUUCAGCUUCCCCCUCCCUUUUGCCUUCAUUAGAUUCAGAGCUGCCUGUGGACUCAUCUUCACCUGCAAGCACGGAUAGUUGUUCUUCUAUAGAAUUAUUCCGAGAGGCAGAUGAUCAUACUUGUGUGCAGCAAAAAGAUAUUGGCUGGUUCUGUUACAAAAAUUCUACUCUUCUGGACAGUAGUAAAGCAGCAAACAUUGAUGUAGUACCUCAGCCAUCAAAUCUCUCAGAUAUUUUAGAGCAUUCUGGAAAUAUUACAAAAGAAAGAAACUUCAAAAACCAUGUGACAGAUGGAACUGAGGUGUAUGGAACUUUUCAACCUAUUUCGGUUACAGCUGCAGGUAAAAACAUCUCUAAAUUUCAUCCAGACAAUGAGCAGAAAACGAUGUAUGCAAUCUCCAUUUCAUCAAAGAAGAAAACUAUAAAGCAGAAACACCAAGAUGAAGUGCCAAUCUGCAGCAUUAUUCUAGCUCCUGUGUGUUACCAACCAGCUAAAGUAUGGCAAUAUGAGCAGUUGCAAUCUUGCACAACUUUUGAAGAUGCACCUCUUGACUUUAUUAUUACCUCACCUACUUGAUUGUGCUUGUUUGAAAUUUUGGAAAAGCUCUUCUGUAUCUGUCUAGUUUGUACUUUUGUACUAAAUUAAUUCAUCAGUAAAAGCUUUAUUUAACCAGAGAAUGGGGGGGAAAAAACUUCUAGUGAUUGUUAAUUUAUGCUUGGAAUAAAAUUGUCCAGUAUAUAUUUAUUUAUGUAAAAGAAUUUGUAAUUUUUAAUAUAUUCAUGGAAAAUAAAACCAAUGUUGCAUCUA